AUGACUUCAGUCCAAACGAUGCUGCAAAGUCCCGACCUCUCCAACCUUGAGCUACAUGUCAACGACGGGCCCCUCGCUCCAUCAGACGUUACCCUUCUUCGGCAGUCGCGGGCAGAUGAGCCUCUUGAGGAACUACGACACAGCUACCACAAUGAGGGCUAUCUCUUCAGCAAAGGUCUCCUCCCCCGAGCCGACGUCCUCAAAGCGCGGGAGCAAUAUUUCUCGAUGAUAGAGCUAUCCGGCGUUCUCAAGCCCGGCAGCAACCCAGUCGACGGCAUAUUUGAUCCCGAAAAAGACAAGGCAGAUUUCCCCGGCAUCGGAGCCAACGCAGCCGGCGCUAGCGGCCCCGCGCGCACCACGCAUCCUGGUGACAAGCUCGGCCAGCAGUUCGAGGACGACUUUGCAAAGGAAGCGGCUGUUUCUGGUCUGAGUGAAGAGGAAUGCAAGAAUGCGUUCAAUCGCGACAUGAUGACUACCGGUUUUCUUGCUAAUGGACCCGCCGGGUUUGCGCGACAGCACAAAAGUCGUUGGCUCUUGGAGGCUUACGAGGCAGGUGACCUUGUGUUCCACAAGCCGCACAUUAUUCACGCGUCUACGAUCAAACAAGACCCGGAGAACCGCAUCAAGCUCGGCACGGACUUGCGUUUUGUGAAUGCGUCACGGCCUGACGACUCAAGAUGGUGCAAGCCAUACACAUUCGAAGAUGGGAUAUGA